AAAAUAAUGAUUGCCGUAUUCAGAGUAAUAGGGUUGAUCCUUUUAUUAAGAAAUAUACUAAAUAUAGUUAUUUAAUAUUUACGUCAGUCUUAAAGGAUAGCCCAUUGCGUUUAAUUGUCUCUAUAGUGUUAUAUUCGGCAACCACCAUGUUUGACGCUCCUCCGUCCGCAAAACUCAAGGAGCAAGAUCUAGAACAUUUGGACAUCUCUAAACUCACACCAUCAUCACCUGAAGUUAUCAGCCGUCAGGCUACAAUCAAUAUUGGAACGAUUGGUCAUGUAGCACACGGAAAAUCAACUAUCGUAAAAGCUGUUUCUGGUGUUCAAACUGUACGAUUUAAAAAUGAACUUGAAAGAAAUAUUACAAUUAAAUUAGGUAAAUAUAAAACUAUCUUUUAUUUAUAUUAA